GUUCUGUUAGAGGAUGUCUUUAAGCGGAAAAGAAAAGAAGCGAGGGCCAAACUGGACGAUAGAAGAAAGAAAUACGCUUAUAGAGCUAUGCCGGGCCAGUACAAACACACUCAAAAUGAACUGGGGAGAAGUGGCUGACAGGGUGAACAGUAUUGGGGGAAACUCCAGAGUCGCCCCUGAGGUUAAAAAGAAGUGGACUGAUAUGAAGAGCAAUGUAAAGAGGAAGGCGCAGCAAGAACGGACAGAAAGCAGGCAGACAGGAAAUGGGUUGAAGACUAUAAAUCUAGAUUCUUGGGAGGAAAUGGUAUUGACAACCAUUCCAAAGGUGUCAGUUGAUGGCAUUCCUGGAGGCGUGCAGUGCGGGGUUUCUUCAAACCAGGAAUCGAAUAAAGAAGAAGAAGAAGAAGAAGAAGAAGAAGAAAAAGACAUGAUCCAGGGAGCAGCAGCUAAUGUGAAAGACCGCUCAUCAUCAGUAAAGUUUUCUUCUUGUAAUGCAACAGGGGGUUCCACAUCAAAUCUUCAACUGCGAAUGGUGAUGGCCCAGGAGCAACAAAACAGUAUUCUGUCAUCAAUAGAUUCUACAUUGAAGAAAAUGUUAGAAUACCAAAAAGAAAAAUCCGUUGACCUUCUACAUUUUGAAUAUUAAUUUAAGAAAACAUUCAUAUAAAAUUAUGUAUCGGUUUCUUAGACUCAUUGAAAACGUGUUAAGUUAUAUUAUUCAACUGGCCACAAUUUCUCAACACUUUUUCAAUCAAUGAGGUUACAUAACUCCAUAUUAUCCUAAAUACAAGUUAUGGCCCCUGAUUGACUUAGGUUAAAGUUUUAGGGCAGGUUAAAUUUUAGGGCAAGUUGGGAUUUUCACUUAAAACUCCAAUACCAUUCAUUCAAUUGACUUAAUGCUUCGCACAGAUGUUCAGAGCCAUCACAUAAUGAGGUUAGAUAACUCCAUAUUAUCCUUUAUACAAAUUAUGGCCUCUGAUUGACUAUGGAACUUAGUUUAAAGUUUUAGGGCAGGUUGGGAUAUUGUUUAAUAACUUCUAUACCCUUCAUUCAAUUGACUUAAUACUUCACACAAUUGUUCAGGACCAUCAGCCAAUGAGGUUACAUAACUCCAUAUCCUUAAUACAAGUUAUGGCCCCUGAUUGACUUGGGUUAAAGUUUUGGGCAAAAUUAUUUACGACCAUAUUACAACAAGAACUCAUUUUUAAGCCUAAAUACAAAUUAUGGCCCUUGAAUUUAAAAAAAAAAAUUUAACUUCCUUUUAAAGACAUAUUUGUAUAUUCUUAACCACAUUUUCAUAAUGGGAAAUCAAGUUAUUUGAAUGACUUGCGUCAUUGUUUUGGCGGGCUGGUGGAAGGGCAGCAUUGUAUUCUAAGUCAAAGCGACGUAGACGAGCGCGCUGUCUUACGACGGCUUUAAGAGACUUUAGACUUUGAAUGGGAAUUAUGUUUAUGGUUAUCACAAUUAACUCUUUCAUUUAUCAAAGUUCAGUUACAGUAUGUAUUUUGGCCUAUAAAAAUAAGCUUUGUACACCUGUUAUGCUUCAUAAGAUGUUUUGAGAUAUUGGGGCCAGCUGUUUAAGAGUAAACUUUAUGAUAUGUGAAUUGCACUGUGAUGUGAUAGUGUUUGUGUAGCUUACUGCCUUUCAUCUAAGAUUUGAACUUAGGUCCCUGAAGAGAAAUUUGCCAUGUAUAUAAAAGAUUAUUAAUUUGUUCAUUUUAGUUUAACAUUGUAAUAAAUUCCACCAAGUGGGCACUAAAAACUAUAUUUUAUGUUUUCAUGAGGUUAAAUAUAUUGCCAUCUUACACUAAAACAAGCAUUUUUUCGUAAAUGACGUCAAUGAAAUAUUUAUAUAACCAUUGGAAGUGAUGUUCUGAAACAUCAAAUGUACAGUUGAUUACAAGAAGAGGCAUUUAAAGUUACUUUAGUUUUGUCUGUAUGUACUCUUAAUUCUUUGUAUGUGUUGUAUGAUAAAAAGCCUGAACCUACACUCUUUUGUACAAAGUUUAGGCUUAGUGCCAAAUUCGGAUGUAAUUGAAACUGAAUGGGUGUUUCCUCAAAAGUGUAGAAUUUAACUUAUUCCUCGAAGUGAAAGUCAGUUUUUGGGCCCAGAUGCAUUUACUUGUUUAUGUUUUGGUGCAAUAUUAUAUUUGCCUAUGAUGUUCUUAGGAAAGGUAUUGCUAUAAAACUAAAACUGUUAUGAACUCCCUGUAUAAAAUGGGUGUAUUAUUCUGACAUAACUGUUAUAUUGAAUUGCAGUUGUAAAAUAAAUUAUUCUGACUGAACGUUUUGCAAUCAAAUAUAAACAAGAAAAACACUUUUUUUGGCAAGUUAGGCAUUAUUAAAUGAAGGAUAUGUACAAAGCAGAAAUGAUAUUGAACGGCAUUGUAUUGUAUCAAUAGAAAUGUAUUGAUGAAAGAAUAAUUAGUUGAGCUUUUAAGGUUAUUUAGUUGAGCUUUUAAGGUUAAUUAGUUGAGCUUUUAAGGUUUUUGAUUUGUGUAAGUUAUUGAAUGUUAUUCAUUGAGACAUCAGGAAAUGCACAUUGUUGCAGUGUGCCAUUCUGUUGCCAUAAUUAUGUUGUAUGAUGUUCUGUGUGUAAUGUUGUGCAUAAUUGAUUUGUUAUUAUGGUUAAAAUGACAUGGGUGAUAUCAUAAAUAUCUUAAUGUCUUUUAGUUCUUAUCCCAUUUACAUGUUACAA